AUGAUAAUGAGCUACUUCGGAGGGAUACAGUUGCGGUUUACAGUUGGGGAGAGCACUACAGAGUGGCAAGACCUGGAAAAGGGAAUAGUUACAGGAUGUACCAUUUCACCUAUACUCUUCAUCAUGGAAAUGAAUAUCAUCAUCAAGGCAGCAGAGAGAAAAACCAGAGGACCUAGAAUUGAGUCUGGCAUCUACCAACCAGCCAAUAGAGGCUUCAUGGAUGACCUAACGAUCACUACCACCACACAUAUACAGGCCAGAUGGGUCUUGUCCGCGAUGGAGGAGGUAGUUACAUGGGCACGGAUGCAGUUCAAACCUCGGAAAUCACGUUGCAUGAUUAUGAGGAAUGGCAGACUCAGCCGACAGUUUGUACUGAAGGUCCAAGAGGAGGAGAUACCUUCAAUCAUUGGCAGCCCCAUAAAGUGCCUAGGGAAAUGGUUUGACGACACACUCAGUGACAGCCAGAACCACAAGAACACCCAAAGCCAAGUGCGCCAGUGGAUGAAGAAGAUCCACAAGUCGGGACUUCCUGGAAAGUACAAAGCAUGGAUAUACCAGCAUGGCAUGCUACCAAGGCUCACAUGGCUGCUGCUACUGUAUGAAAUACCAACCUCAACAGUAGAAGGGUUAGAGAAGAUGGUGAAUGGGUACCUGCGGAAGUGGCUUGGGGUCCCACCAAGUUUCACAUCAGUUGGGCUGUACAGUUGUUCGGCAGAACUACAACUACCAUUCAAAUCGGUCGUUGAAGAGUUCAAGGUAGCAAAAUGCAGGCUGGUGAUGACUCUGAGGGACUCCAAAGACGUGAAAAUCAGCGAGGCAGGGAUACAGACAAGAACAGGGAGAAAGUGGUCAGCAAGCACUGCAGUUGGUGAAGCAGAGAGUAUGCUCGAGUUGAAGGAUAUCAUCGGGAAUACCUGCGUCGGAAGACAAGGAGUUGGCUUCUCUCAUUUCCAGCAGUGGGAGAAAGCAAAUACCCAAGAAAGACGGCAAAUGGUGCAGAAAGAAAUCAGAAGGAUUGAGGAGGAAAGGAGGAGAGGGAAAUCUGUAGAACUCAGCAAACAGGGUGCGUGGACCAGAUGGAAUCUCCCAGAGAGGAAGAUGACGUGGGCUGAAAUAUGGAGAAUGGAGCCCUUCCGGAUAUCAUUUCUGCUACGAUCCGUGUAUGACACGCUACCAUCUCCUGUUAACCUGCAUCAGUGGGGAUUGACGGAGGAUCCUUGCUGCAAGCUAUGCGGAGGAAGAGGAACAAUGGCUCAUAUCUUGUCUGGUUGCAAAGAAGCACUACGACAGGGUAGAUACCGAUGGAGGCACGACAACGUCUUGCGGGUCCUAGCGGAUAUCCUUGAAGUGGAGAGAAGGAAGAAAAGAACUGGUGUAAGAACAAACCAGGCUGGUAUCAAGUUUGUGAAACCAGGGGAGAAAGCCACAGUGAAGCCUCGAAGCACCUCAUCCAUCUUUGAACGGGCGUCAACAUGGGAGAUGAAGGUUGACCUUGACAGGAAGCUUGUGUUUCCAGGAAUAGUGGAAACAACACUGAGGCCUGACAUGGUAAUCUGGACAGAGCAAUCCAGACACCUCAUCGCCAUAGAGCUCACCGUACCAUGGGAGGAAGGCUGCGAGGAAGCUCACGAGAGGAAGAAAGCCAAGUAUGAUGAGCUGAUGGAAAAGUGCAGGAGCAGAGGAUGGACAGUAUGGCUCUUUCCAGUGGAGGUUGGCUGUAGAGGUUUCCCCGCAGAGUCAGUGUGGAGGACACUACAGUCAAUAGGACUCACUGGGAGAGCAAGAGCUACCGCCAUCAGACGAUUGGGAGAAGCUGCAGAGAGAGCAUCGUGCUGGCUAUGGCACAAACGAGAUGAGCCGAUGUGGAAGCCGACAUAG